AUCCCGAGGCCGCCUGUCGACUCCACAGUGAAGAUGCUGAGAGUAGGUCUCAUCACCGUCACCCUGGCCCUCCUCGCCUUCUACGGAGGAGUCGGCGGACAGAUAUUGAACAUCGACCUGGCCACUGUGAUCAGGGAGUUGAACAACCGGGAUUCUGUGGAGUUACACGUGGCCUGUGCCGCUGGCCAGGGACCCUGCGACAUGAGUGGACAACAGCUGCGGCGAUACAUCCCAGAAGUGUCGACCAGCGGCAGGUGUUUCAGGUGUACAACACAGGAGAACAGGAACAUACGGGUGUUGGUGUCAACCCUUCAGAGGAGGUACCCUCGUUGUUGGCAAGUUAUCAUAGCUGUCUACGAGAACCGUCAAGGUGUCAGGCCGACAGCCAAGGGCUGUGCUCAUUAAGUCUCCAAACGUUACCGCCGAACUACCUCAUAUGGGCUCACCAUAGCCCGUGCUACUUGGAACUUUGUUCCGGGUAGCGAAUCAACAUCAACGUUACCGCCAUGACUAUUACCUCAUCGUACGUCCUAAACCUCUGUCCAUUAUGUUCAUAUUUGCUAUUAAAAUGCUAUUUUGUCAUACAAUAAAUGCUA